CAGACAACAGGAGACGUGUCACUGUUACAUAACACCUGUGUGCUGCUGACUCAGCGCUGACCAUCGCUCCUCACUGAUUGGUCGAUGAUGUCACUUCCUGUCUGCAGGUGCAUCUCCAUCUUCUUCGUGGAGUUUCAGGCUCAUUUUGGAGCCGACUACGCUGCGACGGCCUGGAUCCACAGCCUGGUGGACUGCACCACCAUGCUCUGUGCUCCGGUCGGCAGCCUGGUUGGUAACCGUUGGUCCUGCCGGGUGGCCGUGAUGCUCGGUGGACUCCUGUCCUCCGUUGGACUCCUCCUCAGCUCCUUCACCACCAGUCUGGAGCUCCUCUACCUCACGUUGGGAGUCCUGACAGGUCUGGGCUUUGCCCUCUGUUACACCCCGGCUAUCGCCAUGGUGGGCUGUUACUUCCACCACCGGAGGGCGCUGGCAUUCGGUAUCGCCAUGUCGGGCAGCGGGAUCGGGACCUUCGUUCUGGCGCCGGCGGUGCAGAUGCUCAUCGAGUUGUACUCGUGGAGAGGAGCGCUGCUCGUCCUCGGCGCCUUCGUCGCUAACCUGUGUGUCUGCGGGGCGCUGCUCCGACCAAUCAGACUGCGGGAGGGCGAAGGGGAGGAGGAGGAGAGAGAGGAGGCGGAGUCAGUGGGGGAGGAGAAACUUGGUGGUCUCGUCUCGUCAAAGGACGCCGAGCUCGCAGUCACACUCCCCAAAGAGCCGUCGGUGCCCCUGCCGCUGAUGCCGGGAAACCCCGCCCUUCAGCUGCCGAGGAGGCGGUGCUUCAGCUCCUGCUUCCUGUCCAUUAAGGAGUACCGCUUCCUGCUGCUGCCGGACUUCCUGGGCCUGGCCGUGUCCUUCCUGUUCCUGGCCAGCGGCUGCAGCCUCCCCUUCGUCUACCUGGUGCCGUACGCUCUGAGCGUCGGGGUCCGCCACCAGCAGGCCGCCUUCCUCAUGUCCAUCCUGGGUGUCCUCGACAUCGUGGGGAACAUCACCUUCGGCUGGCUGACAGACCGGAGGUAA